AUGGCCAACACACUACGUUCUGAUCAUUCACUUGCUCCAAAAAUCAUAACUUUACUGCAUGAAGCGGAAAACCGCUACAGGCAGAACCAUCCAAAUUCACAGAACCUGCAUGAAAAAGCCAUUGGAAUCUUACCUGGUGGAAACACUCGCUCGGUACUCCAUACGGAUCCAUUCCCUAUCUACAUGGACCGGGGCGAGGGCAAUCGACUGAUAGACGUUGACGGUCAUGAAUAUCUCGACCUUGUUGGAGAAAUGACGGCUGGUGUCUGCGGCCAUUCCAAUCCAAUAAUCCGCGACGCGAUCAUCUCUACAACGACCAAGACUGGCCUCAAUCUCGGCGCCACCACCGCUGCCGAGGCUAGCUUUGCAGAGAAAAUACGAAACAGGUUUCCUUCAAUGGAGCGAAUGAGGUUCUGCAAUUCUGGCACAGAGGCGAAUCUGUAUGCUCUCAGUCUCGCACGCCAGGCGACCGGUCUAAACAAAGUUAUCGUCUUCAACGGUGGAUACCACGGCGGCGUCCUGAUGUUUCUACAUGGCGUUGCCGAGAACACCGUUGAUAAGAACGACUGGGUUGUUGGAACGUACAACGAUGAGGAAGGUGUACAGCGACUGAUAUCUGACAACAAGGGAAUCGCUGCUGCCGUGCUUGUGGAGGGAAUGCAAGGUGCGGGAGGAUGUAUACCUGGCUCGGUCAAAUUCCUACACUCUAUCCAAAAGGCUACAAAGGAAAAUGGAAUGAUAUUCAUCAUGGAUGAAGUCAUGACCUCCAGGUUGGCACCGGGUGGUCUUCAAUCGACAAUCAUUGACCCCCAGGGCAACGCUCCUUUGAAACCCGACAUCACAACUUUGGGCAAAUACAUUGCUGGAGGAAUGACCAUUGGCGUUUUUGGUGGACGCAAGGAGCUACUCUCACUGUAUGACCCGAGGCCGUUUUCCGAGUCCAACGUGCAGAAACAGCCGGCUCAGAUGAGCCAUUCGGGCACGUUCAACAACAAUACCUUGGCCAUGCAUGUCGGUUUGGUUGCCCUUUCAGCUGUGUACACACCAGAGGUUUGUACAAAGCUCAACGCUCUAGGGGACUGGUUCCGUCAAGAAUUACUUGAUAGAUGCCGGGGAACCAGAAUGACAGUCACUGGAGUUGGAGCCGUGUGCAACAUUCAUUUCGGCGGCUCCCAUGAAGAUGGACUUGAAAUUCUUCGAAUUGAGGACUUGAAUGCUCGACGCUCCAUUGAUGAUUCAGUUUUGGGAGACAUUUUCUGGUUUCGUGCUGUCCAGAAGGGGUUCUGGAUAGCUCGGCGUGGCAUGUUAGCUUUGACCAUGGGAACCACCAGGGCAGAGCUUCAAGGAUUCCUUGACUUUGUGGAAGACAUUUCUCGAGAAUUUCGAAACCUCCAAGCAAUAUGA